UGAUGGGUGAUUAUUUAAAUUUCGACUUGCCUUAGUUUCUACUACUUAGCGGAAACCUAUGCUAACUUCUUUGUUGUAAACUUCCAGAACUCCAUAAGACGGUUUAGAAGGAUGAUUCUUUGUUUAAAUUCAUUACAUUGACUUGAAUUUUAUUUUAAAUGGAGGGAACACGCAAGAGGAAACAGAGGGCAAAACUCAGCGACUUGGACGCGUUGGACUCAGAUGAAUAUGACUCCUCGCCCAAGCGUGAGUCCGAUGAUGAGAACACCUCAACUUCAAAGAUCAACAAACGAAAAAGGAGAAGACCUCGUCUGACGGGCCUUAGUAAACAACGACAAGCUGCAAACGCUCGCGAACGAAGUAGAACCCACAGUGUCAAUUCUGCAUUCAAUGCAUUACGAGUUCUUAUACCUACUGAACCUUCUGACAGAAAACUUUCAAAAAUAGAAACAUUGCGCUUGGCUUCAAGCUACAUUGCGCAUCUUGGAUCAAUGUUGGUGAGUGGAACUCAGUGUCCGAAUGUAGCAAAGGCAGCUGAACACAAUGGAGCCAUUUCACCAUCUUCAGCAUCAAGAGUGUGUACAUUUUGUUUGAGCCUACUUAAGGCGGUAAGUGAUUAUCAAAGUCUUUAUACUCUGUUGUACAAAAUGUACAGCAGGAUUAAUGUUGAUAUACUAAACAGUAUGGCAUGCAAUCGUCGGCUUUUCGAUAGCUUAUCGCCCUUUUCAUGUCAUUAGCGAUCGGAAAUCUUUUGUUUAUGUCCUGUGGCUUAAAGAAUACCUGUGGGUCCUUAAACAUUUCAGCCUUUUUUUUGUUCGCAGUCUAGUCUCCAAACGAAACUAAGUUUAGGUUUUUGGUGAAAAAAAUGUGCAACUACUUUUGUUAUUGUUGCCAUUAUUCAGACAUUAUAAUUCUCUGUCUUUGAAUUGACCAAAAUAGGGAACGUUUCAGACGGGAUAAUCACAAAAGCGUCAUAUCAUGUUUCCGGUGAGCUGAAAAGCUCCAAGCCCCUUCGGUUCAAAUUUGUUAAUUUUUCCUUUUCGUAGGAUGAGAUAAUGACUCAGUGUCUAUGUUUGGACUGAUUUGUUAAUUCUCGUUUUCCUUAUUAUAAACGAGGCUUUACGACUGUGUUUUUCCUUUAAUCACGCCAUCAUGGGUAGUCACCUAUUCUCAACGUUUUCCAUUCUUGGUACUUCAAAAUAACAUUGGGCCUAAGUAACGAUUAGGACAGUGUCUUACACAAUGCUGACAAAUAUUCUAAUAUUAGCCAGGAAAAAAUCCAAAGAAGUUUAAAACAAUUAUUAUCUUUUAACGCUCUAAGACCUUCUUGUAGUUACUAUAAUCCUCACAGCUUGAGCUAAAGGUAAAACAUGUUAAUAUUCAGUUCUCAAAACCAAUAGGCGAACCAAUAGGCGAAGACACCCCAUAAACAUUAUUUCAACAAUUAAGAACUCUGUGUGCAGCAAUGGAUUAUUUGAUUAAGGAAAUCGUGCGGGGAUUUCUGAAAACUAUAUAUUUAGUAUCAACCAGUUGGUUGAAAAAACCUGCCAAUCUGGGAAUAAUGAAUGGAGCUAAUUGGCAGUCAUUCAGACCCUUGAUUAUUUCAUUUUGUUACUUCAGCAAAACAAUAAUGAUAGCACAGAUCAUAAUCUGGUGGGGAUGUCUCACCACAAAACGAGAAAAAGUGUGAUUUAGCUGACAUCAAUGUUUGUUACCUGCAUGUGAUGAAUAAACACCGACAUGUAAUUUUCUAAAGAGCUAAAACGUGGUGUUCUGAGGGGAAGGAAAGUAUGUAUGUGCUUAUAAAUCCCUUGGGAGGCUGUGUGCAAGCUGCUGUCCAAUGAAAUCGACGCGAGGUUAAUCGUGUACAACACAGAGUUUGUAAUAAAAUGAAUAUAACAAAUGUUGCUGGAUCAAGGUAGAACUAUAUUGAUAAACAAAGUCUCUGAUGUUGUCACUAAUCCUUAAAUCGGAUAAGGUGUGUUGUUUUUAGCUUUUUUAAAUUAAACAGCUUUAUGAUAAUGCUUUUUAAUGAAUUACAUAGCAGCGAUCAUGGAUUGUUAUGAUCAUACAAAUCUUUUCCAUAACUGUUUGUUACAUUUGUGGAAUCUUUCCUCUACACGUUUAGUCCACACCCACCGUAGCGUAUAGUUUUGUUCAAGGUAGUCAAACGUGUCCUCGUCGUUUACUUAGGAUGAGUUUAUCUCGCGCCGCUCUUUCAUUUUGAUUUUUCUUGUAGAUUUUUCUUCAUUUGGUGAGUGUUUGGUGUGAAUGCCGUUAUCUCUGAUGAGUAGCACGGUUUUCUCUCUUCACUGGCUACAAAAACGCCACGACUUUGACUCUUCUUCCUUGGCCACAAAUGUCUCCCUUCAGUUCCCCACCCUUUCUCUCUCUUGACAAUCAUCAAAUAAUCGUUCGUCAAAAGCAUUUUCCCAUCAGAAAACUUUAAGCACAAUGUCGUUGCGAAGCAAUUGGAUCGAUAUUCAUUACAGCAAAAUCUCAGCAUGGCACUUUUUACUCUGAGAGCUGAUAGCUUUUCAUCAAUUGAAGUGGUUGCUAGGGCUAUUCAGGAUACCGUAUACUGCUGUGAAUGACGCAAAGAGAUCUAUUUUAUAACUGUUAAUGUUCUUUUAAUAGAACUCGUCUGUUCAGAAGAUCACAGAUUAUUCCGAACCAUUGAGAUAACGUUUUCAAGAUGGAAUGAUCUCUUCGGCGUUUUCAAGAUGGAAUGAUCUCUUCGGUUGGUUUUUCAGGACAAUUGUCAGUUUAACGUCCCUGCUGUAGUUUGAAAAGUCAUUCAUGGACGGGUUGUUAGUAUUAACACUAAAAUUUUCAUUGAAAAUCUUGAGCUUUAGAAAAUAGUCUUCUGAAAGUUCCGGGCUUGUUGUUCUGUGAUGCAUUACACAGCGUUUAAUUGCUUUAUUUUCCGGUUUUCUUUCUCCAGACAUCAGUUUAUCAAAAUAAUUACUGACAUGCUACUCGCGUGAUGUGAGGCGGUACGCUUUGAAAAAGCAACCUCUUCGACAUCAGUGCCACAUAUGAAAAAAUAAUUAUUACUAUAAUUACAACGAGUACUGAAGGAAAUUUGUAACCAAAACAUAGCCCUAUACCAUGACUCACGCUAUCAGUUCAUCUUAGUAACCUGUUGAUACAGUUGAGUGCAGAAAAUAAAAUAAGCUAAAAUCAAACGUCUUUUAAGGCUUGAAGCAAGAAUAGUUUGGAUAAAAAGAUUUCAAUAUAGUAACUUUUCAUCCUGGUCGUCCAAUGAAGAAAUUGCUAAGCAUUUGUUUCGUGCAUGUGGGACAGGAAAGAAAUCUGAUUUCAUCAGCACUUCGGAUUCCGCGCUUCGAAGCUCGAUCAAUUGAGCCGCUCAGGAAUCAUUAGCAAGUCAAACAAUACAUGCGAGCUAAAAAUUAUAUAUGGCGAAAGCUGUGCCAAAAUUAAGUCUGUGAGAAGAGGGGGAGGAUAUUUGGUCCCCUAGCUAGUAACUAGUAAAAAAAGUAACAGUUAAAGAUCCUUAAAAAGCUCCGUUUGCGCCAAACUUUCGGUUUACAUCAUAAUUUAAAUACAUCGUUUCUCUUAUGGAUCAGUUUAUGAGGUGUCUUACACGUCGUGAAUUUACCCCAUCACAGUUUCAGUUGUCUUUCAAAACAAAAUGAAUCAAUGGAAUAUAAGGAUACCCUUGCGUACCUUAGUGCAGAUUCUCAACCAGGCGCGUGCCCCUGUUAAAGUUGUUAUUCAUAUUCUGCAAUGUUUUUUUAGGAUUCAAUUCAAUUUAACCUAAUUACACUGUUAUCUUUAAUUUUUCUGUCUAGGUUUCUAAAGAUGAAGGAACAAACAACAGAUUACACGCGCAAGGAAAAUGAUCAUACAUUUCAAUAAUAAUCUGCUGUGCAACGCAAUAAUAUGGAAUCUAAACCUUACGUGAGGAGACAGAGCAGUAGUAAUGGAUAGCGGAGUUCGCAUUAGGGGUUCAUUUUCUUCUAUAAAUCGCUCAUUCAUUAUCAUAACUCACAGAUGAAUAGCAAUUAUCCUGUCGCUAAAUAUUCAAAACAUGCGUGCAACAAGACAUUGAGGAAUUGCAUCUGUGUAUGGCUUCACGAAAAAAUAUCUGACUUACUGCAGGCUCAAUUAUUGAGGGAGUCGUUGACAGGCUGAGUGAAACAUUUCUGCUAAGAUCGCAAGACCUAUGAGUUGAAAUCACGGUUGAUUUAUCUCUAAAAACGGAUUUGUGUGUGUGAAAACUUAAAGGCGAUGGUAAAAGAGGACAUAAAAUAAUUCAGUUCUUAUAGUUGAGUGCAGUUCACAUUUACCAACUGUCUCAGAUCUGUCUGCCUGGAUUAGGUUUUCGUUGUCUAGAUCUAUCAUAAAUCCAUGGAUCAGUCUUCAGGACGAAAUUAUUUGAAGUCAGUUAAUUUUCUUUUCUUUCUUCCGCGUUGCAGCCACCUUUUGUUAGAGACCUUAGAACCAUAUCGUUUGAUUUGGUCUGAGAGCACUUCAAGCCGUAUGCUUGUAAUUACAUGUAGAUAUGGCUUGAGUUACGUUGUACAACUUUACCAUUCGUGUCAAAGGAUUUAUGAAUAAAAAUGUAUCUGCU